AGUGUUCUACACAAUCGGAGAACGUUUUCACUUUAGAUUGCGUUUAAAAUGUUUAAUAAAAAGCCACGCAGAAAUUUCAGGCAAAGGAAAGACGAAUCCAGCGAAGAAGACGAGAAUGAAAAGGUUGGCGAUGGUGGAAACCAAGAAGAAAAAGCGAUCCGGUCUUCAAAAGUAGAUUUGCCGCGAAGAGGGAUUUCAAGUAGUUCAAAGCCACACAGGUCUGACUCGAGUGAUGCAGAAGAGACAUCAGUAACUACACUCUCAUCUAAAGACGUAAAACACUCAUCAAAGGGCAACACACUCAGCUUCCUCGAUAAAGACUCUACUGAAGGAAGUGAUUUUAAAGUGAAACGAUCAGUCAACAAAGAUGUUGUUUUCCAAGCACGGAAAAAGGAAGGUUCUCCUGCAACAUUGCCAAACUCACAAGAUAGAUCGGUUAAGAAAGAUGUGAAUCUCAAAGUGCAAUCUGAUAGUGAUGCUGAUGCAUCUGUUGAAGACAUACCCCCCGACAGUGAUGAUGGAAGCUCUUCUACCUUGUCAAGUUCAUCUGGUUCUUCAGUGCCACAGACAGUCAACAUUCCUGAUGCUAGAAAGAUCCGUGCUGCCAAAGAGCAAAGGAGACAGGCCCGAGCCCAGCGAGAUUACAUCCCGCUGGAUUCACACAGCAGUCCUGGAACCCUUGAGGAAGAAGAUCAUAGCAAUAAAGAACAAGACAGUGACAAUGAGCCGGACGAUCAUGAACGCAGAAUCGAAUUUGCACCAAAACCCAAGACUCUGAGAGAGCGAAUAGCUGAGAAGAUGGGGAGUGAAAGUGAUGAAAGUUAUUUUGAUAGCCAAGAGGAGGAAGAGCAGAAUAUCUGGGAGGAACAACAGAUCAAAAAAGGAGUCAAAAGACAUCAAAAGCGAUUUCAGGCUCCUGGACGACCAGUCAGACCGAAGAAAAUGGACAUCCCUGAAAUGCUUCCACCAGUCAGCAUUGAUGUCAUAAAGAAGAGAAUUGUUGGAAAAUUGGAUUCCCUGAGGGAGGUGCACAGGGCAAGGGAGGCGGAGCUGAGGCGGAUGCAUUUUGAUGUAGAAAUGGCCAAGAGCUCCUUGGAGAACUUGGAAAACCACCCUGCCGAUGUGCAGCUCCGGUUCUACCGUUCCAUGAAUGUGUUCUCAAGGAACCUACUGGAAUGCUUGGCAGAGAAGAUGGCUUUAAUAAAUUCAGUUGAGCUGGAAAUGCACAGUCUGUAUAUUGACCAGGCAGAGGCGCUGUUGAAUCAGAGAAGAGAGGCGCUACAAGAGGAAUCCUCACAAAUUCAAAAGUUAACCUAUAACACUGAUUCUCACGGUAAUGGUAACACAACCAGUGGUUCCAGCCUAGCCGAGGAAAGCUUGCCUGACUAUUCUGAAGAACUCACUAAGUGCAUACCGUCUGAUUGGGAACCAACGGUCGAGCAGGAGGCGGAGCUACAAAGUAAAAGAGAUGACCUGCUAAAAAGGGCACAAGAUAUAUUUGCAGACGUUCAGUCUGACUUCUGGGAGGUGAAGAAAAUACUCUCCAGAUUUGAUGAGUGGCGUGUCUCCUUUCCAGAGUCCUACAAUAAUGCCUACAUUGGUCUGUGCCUUCCCAAACUUUUGGCUCCCCUGAUUCGACAACAGCUCAUUGGCUGGAAUCCUCUUAAGGCAGAAGGUGAAGACUUUGAGGCGUUGCCGUGGUACUCUGCAGUUGAAAAAUUCUGUCACGGUCAGGGUUAUGAGGAAUUGGAGAACACUGAUAAUAAGACACUGCCCACCAUAAUCGAGAAAACCAUCCUCUCUAAAGUUCAAGGUUUUGUGGAGCUGGUUUGGGAUCCUCUGUCUACACAGCAGUCUCACACCCUCACAGCACUGUGCAAGAGAAUACAGGAUGAUUAUUCUGUAUUUGACGGUGAACAAAGCAAGCCUGUCAAGGCCUUUGUUGAUGCAGUUAUUCAGAGAUUGAGGAGUGUGGUAGACAAUGACGUUUUUGUCCCGUUGUACCCUAAAAAGUUCUUAGAUGACAAGAGUUCACCACAGUUCCAGUUUCAGAACAAACAGUUUUGGUCAGCUGUAAAGUUACUUGGCAACAUGUCAUUAUGGGAUGAUUUGAUACCUGAACAUAUCCUUAAAGAGCUGAUGUUGGAGAAACUUCUCGGCCGUUACUUGAUGAUGAUUGUUCUUAACGAAUCCAAUCUAAAACACACCAUCUACAAAUGCAAAAAGAUUGCAGAUUGCUUUCCAAAGUCAUGGUUUAUAGAUGUGAACACUGGAUCUUCACUACCUCAGCUGCAGAACUUCAGCAAACAUCUUCUGCAGACUGCUCAUGUCAUAUUGAAGGACACCAGUGACUCCUGCAGCAACCGAGUACUUUUAUCUGAAAUGCUGUUUGUCCUCCAGAGCAUCAAGGCACAUGACAGCAUUCAGACAAUAACAGAAAAAUACCAUUGUGAGGAUCUGUUAAAUGCUCUGCAUUAGCAUUCAUCUUGUUUUGUGUACAAUGAACGUGUUUUUGUAAGUUGCUUUGAUUU